CAACACAAGCGAGCUCACCAAAUCAACUUCAAGUCUCCAACCUCAUAUUUGAUCUGGCGAUCCCAACCAGUAAGGAAUGGCUCUUUUUGCUUCUACUUCUUCUUCCCAAGUUCCCUCUGGAAAUUAUGAAGUUUUCAUCAGUUUUAGAGGAUCAGACGUCAGAUUUGGUUUCCUCAGCCAUUUGAAAAACGAGUUGCGUCAAAAGAACAUAGAUGUCUAUGUGGAUGACAGGCUGGAAAGAGGAGAAGAAAUAUCAUUAGCACUUGUAGAAGCAAUAGAAAGAUCCAUGAUAGCAUUGGUGAUAUUCUCAAAAGAUUAUGCUUCUUCAAAGUGGUGUUUGGAAGAGCUUGUCAAAAUCAUAGAAUGUAAGGAAGCUGGUCAGCAGAUUGUGAUACCAAUUUUCUACGAUGUAGAUCCAUCAGAUGUCAGGCACCAAAGAGGCACUUACGAGGAGGCAUUAACUCAUCAUGAACAGAAACUCAAAGAUAACGUGCAAAAGUUGCAAAUUUGGAAAUCUGUCUUGGAAAAAACUGCAAACUUAGCUGGUUAUCAUUCAUCACAUUUUCAGGAAGAAUAUGAACUGGUCAAUGCAAUAGUUGAAGGAGUCUUGAGAAAAGUGGAACGUAACGAUCCAAUUGUGCCAAAAUCUGAACUCAUUGGAUUUCAUCAAAAUUUCAUUAGUGUUGAAUCAUUAAUGGAAAUUGAGUCACCAGAAGUUCGAAUUCUUGGAAUUUGGGGCCCAGGAGGAAUAGGCAAAACAACCCUUGCAUCAACUAUAUUUGACAAAUUCUCAUCCAAAUUUCAAAGUCAUUGCUUCUUACAAAAUGUGAGAGAAGAAUCAACAAAGAUUGGUGGUUUGAGUCCUUUGUAUCAAAAACUUCUUUCUGAGCUAUUGGAUCAAAAAGAUCACAUAAAUAUGAACCGAGCAGUGAGAAGACUGAAACAAAAAAAGGUGUUAAUUGUACUUGAUGAUGUGGACAACCCAGAGCAGCUAAAAGAUCUGGCUAGAAAACAACCUUACUUGGGGCGAGGCAGUAGAGUCAUUGCAACAAGUAGAGAUAAGCAUGCUCUUAAGAGUGGAGGGAUUCAUGAAAAGUAUAUACAUGAAGUCAAGGAGUUAAAUGAAGAAGAAUCACUUGAGCUUUUCUGUACACAUGCCUUCAAUCAAAGUCAUCCCAAUAUGGGAUAUGAAGAGCUAUCAAAAAGGACGGUAGCCAUUGCUAAAGGCAUUCCUCUAGCUUUACAAGUUUUGGGUUCCCAUUUUUAUGAUAGAGAUGAAGCAUAUUGGGAAAGUGAGCUUAGGAAAGUCCAAAACUGUCCCCGUCAGAAAAUUCAAGAUAUAUUGAAGGUGAGUUAUGAUGGAUUAGAUCCUAUAGACAGGAACAUAUUUUUAGACAUUGCAUUUUUUUUUUGUGGGACACCAAAAAGAUGAAAUUACUUAUGUGCUAGAGGCUUGUGGUUUCCAAGCGGUUAGUGGAAUACAAAAUCUUAUAGAUAAAGCUCUCAUAAAGUUAGAUAGCUAUCACUGUAUUGUAAUGCAUGACUUGAUGCGAGAAAUGGCUGAGCAAAUAGUUCAUGAAGAAUGUAUCAAACGUCCUGAAUUCCGUAGUCGAUUAAAUGAUGUAGAUGAAAUAUGUGAUGUGUUAAAAAAUAACAAGGAAAAAGAUGAAAUUGAAGGCAUUUCAUUGGAUGUGUCUCAAAUCAAAUAUCUACAUUUAAGAGCAAAUGCCUUCUCGA